AUCAGCCUUUUCGCGGCAGACAGCGCGGGUCUGCUUCCGGGACAGGCGGAUAAAAGCUGAAACACUUUAUUUCAGGACUUUCCCCGUUUUUAAGCCGAUGUUCUUAUAAUGUGAACUUGUUUGACCAAACAAGGCCGCUGAUGGACGCCCUGCACAGACACCGCUCGCUCUACAAAGGAACCACUCCGCCAUGGAAGGAAGCUUACCGGAAGCGCUGUGUGGACAGGCUGAAGAACAGCCGCGCCAAGCUGCUGGACAGAUACCGGCAGAUGGGAGAGAGCAGCCCGGGGGCCUCCAUCAUGGUCCAGGAGGUGAUGGAGGAGGAGUGGAGCGCCCUGCGCUCAGAGCACCACAGGCUGCCCUCACUGUGGGGUCCUCACGGCCUGCCGGAGGUCUGUCACCGUCACAUCCAGCAGAACCGUCUCUCAUGCCAGAUGUUUGGUGUCACGAAUGAGCGCGACGAACUGGCGGUUCUGGAGGAGAUCCAGCAGGAGCUGAUGUCCCAAGAGAUGUCUAUAAUCGAAGAGUAUGAGAGGGACCUGCAGUUUGAACAGCAAUACAUAUCGUCUGUCGUGGAGGGAAUGGACGAGGUGCACAUCAUCUGCCCCAUAUGCCGCAUGAAGAACUUGAGCAUCAACAGCUAUUUUAUCUCCUGCCCCUGUGGACUUUACAUCAACACUAAGAAGCGGAACAUCAGUCCAGAUGUCCUGCAGCGCCUCCUGGAGUCCAGGGUGUCGGAGCACAUGGAAAACUGUCUGCACAACCCUGUUUUCUCUGUAACGCCCAGCACAGAGAGCUCCACCAUGUUGAUGAUAAGCUGCAAGGCUUGUGACUACCUGUCGGUUGUCUUGUAGUUGCACACUGCUGGGAGGAAUACACUUCUGUGAUAUUAAAUUUUCUGUUUAUUUUUGCUCUAUGUAAAUAUUUUGUGGAAUAAAGGCAUGUUUAAAUUAAAA